ACGGUACUGUCAUUUAGUUUUGUGAGUUUUUUUAUAUUGCGUUUGUAUACGCGUUGGACCGUAUGGAGGGAUGUCGCGAUGAUGGUCUGCUCUAGGAGAACCAAAACUUUGGUGUCGACAUGCGUAAUUUUGAGUGGCAUGACCAAUAUUGUCUGUCUUCUCUACGUCGGCUGGAUCACUAAUUAUGUGGCCAAUGUGAACACCAAAGUCUCAGAGACAGAACCGGAGAGAAAGUUUGACGAUGACAACAAGGGAGAAACUCUGAAGAUUAUAGAGAGACUGGACCGACUGGAAAAUGUGGUCAACCAACACAUCCAAGAGGUGCCCCAGAAGGGUAGCGAUGAAAAAGUGGAGUCCCUCUCUGACUCCUCCCUGUUUGUCCGCUGGGGUCAUGACCUUGGUCCUGAGAGUCGCCGUGUGGCGCUGAAGAAGUUCCAGUACUACGGCUACAACGGUUAUCUCAGUGACCGCCUCUCUCUGGCCAGACCCAUCCCCGACCUCAGACCUGAUGGGUGCAGAAACAUGUCGUACCCCACCAAUCUCCCACAAGUCAGUAUCAUAUUUAUCUUUGUGAAUGAGGCCCUGUCGGUCAUCCUGCGCUCCAUCCACACAGCCAUGAACAGGACUCCCUCCCACCUCCUCAAGGAGAUCAUCCUGGUCGACGACAACAGCAACAAUGCUGAGCUGAAGGAGAACCUGCAGAACUUUGUGAAGGAAACCAACUCCCAGCGGCCAGACUUUAUCAAGGUGGUCCGCCACGACAAGCAGGAGGGGCUGAUCCGCUCCCGGGUCAGUGGGUGGAGGGCCGCCAGCGCCCCCGUCGUGGCCCUCUUCGAUGCCCACGUGGAGUUCAACAUUGGAUGGGCCGAGCCCAUUCUUCUCAGGAUCAAGGAAGACAGAACGCGCAUCGUCUCACCGUCGUUUGACAACAUCAAGUAUGACACGUUUGAGAUCGAGGAGUAUCCGCUGUCUGCUCAGGGCUUCGACUGGGAGCUGUGGUGUCGCUACCUGAACCCGCCCAAAGUCUGGUGGACCCAGUACAACCACACCGCCCCUAUCAGGAGCCCAGCUCUUAUUGGCUGUUUUGUGGUGGACAGGAAGUACUUUGAGGAGAUUGGCCUAUUGGAUGAGGGAAUGGAGGUCUAUGGUGGAGAAAAUGUGGAGCUUGGCAUCAGGGUAUGGCAGUGUGGGGGCAGUGUGGAGGUCCUACCCUGUUCUCGGAUAGCCCAUAUCGAGCGUGCUCACAAGCCCUACACUCAAGAUCUGACUGCUCAUGUGCGGCGGAAUGCGCUGAGGGUGGCCGAGGUGUGGAUGGACGAAUACAAGAACCACGUUUACAUGGCCUGGAACAUUCCUCCACAGGACUCAGGGAUUGACAUAGGGGACCUCACGGAGAGGAAGGCUUUGAGGAACAGACUGCAGUGUAAAUCUUUCAGGUGGUUCUUGGCCAACAUCUACUCUGAGAUGAGAACCUACAGUGACACUGUUGCUUAUGGAGUGGUAAAGAACAUGCUGAGGAAUGACCUGUGUCUAGACCAGGGGCCUGACUCGGACAACAUCCCCAUCCUGUACCUCUGUCAUGGGAUGACACCACAGAACGUGUACUACACAAACUCACAUCAGCUUCACCUGGGGGUCCUGAGCCCCACCAUCGAUGACGAUGACAACAAGUGCCUGGUGGAUGUGAACAACCGGCCGCGGCUCCUGGAGUGCAGCUACGCCACAGCCAAGCGCAUGAAGCUCGCCUGGCUGUUUACUCAGGGAGGCUCCAUAGAAAACAUGAAUUCCAAACAUUGCCUGGAGCUGGUAGAGAACGGCGAAUCGGAAUUUGGCUACCAGCUGGCUAUACAGAAGUGCUCUGGUCAGAAAUGGACAAUCACCAACCUACUGUCAACCUACACUCUCCAAUGAGGGGAUCCUGAGUCCUGCAGGGGAAAGAGCUGCCCAUGGUGAACACUGGACCUGUGACUGACAGACAUAGAAGCUUUGCUUCUUUAAAAAUCUAUUUAUUGAGGCAAUAAUUGAAUUGAGUAUGCUGACACUUUUAGUACCUUGAUGUCUCUUAGACUCAAAGACAUCAUUUGAUAAAUGUAAACAAUGUCCUUUGUUAAUAUAUGGGAUUGAACUGGCAGACUUGGGUCUAUAGUGAGACUUACAUGUUUCAAUGUAUUUUGAGCAGAUUGUCUUUUGUCACACUGAAUUCAGGCUUGCGUUGGCUCUAAUAUACAUUGUAAUUUAUGCUACUGUGUAGCAUGUUUUUGAAAAACCUUUGUUAUUCUUGUUUGGUUUGUUUCUCAGGUUUGUAGAUUGAAUGUUAUUAUGAAAUCAAGUCGGUGGUUUCAAAGAACUGUUGCCAAUAUGUUGGGAGAAUAUACAAGCUAUUUUAUAAGUGUAUACUGGAUAUUUAUAAAAACCUACAGUAAAAAUGCUGAUGACAAUUAAUAUUUUGUGUGGGUGGUUUUCCAUCUCCUGAAUCAUUCCUCAUACUUAAUUUAAAGUCAAUCAAGAUUGUACAUCUCAGAUUUGUUUUUUGUGAAAACACCUUAAUAUAAAAUCAUACUGUAGGUGAUGAAGUCAAAUAGUUCAUUUGAUACCACAUAUAUUUUUCACAACACAUAGAAAUAGUGAGGCUUUAUUUGCAAGGAAUGCAAUUAUUUCCCCCAUACAGUGCAUUCGGAAAGUAUUCAGACCCC